AUGUCGGCGCCUCCCCCCGCUAAACGGCUGGCCGCUUCUUCCCUUCCUGGGUUGUCGCCUUCAGCUUCGCGCCCAGAUGCCUCUUCUCUCUCUGCCGGCUCAACGUUUCCGUCUUCCUCUCCUCAACCUACAGCCUCUGUCUCCUUCUCUUCUCCGGGCGGCGUUCGCCCGUCCGUCCCCGUCGUUUCGUUUCACCAGCCUUCUCGGCCGGGGCCCGUCCUGCUGCCUACAGCGAGUUCCUCGCCCUCCGCCCCGUCUUCCGCUGCGCCUUCGCAAGCGCCGCGGUUCACAGUCUAUGCGUCGACUCGCCAGAACAAGACUUGCCCCUACUGCGGUCCCGCUCGGAACGGAGCCCAGACCAUUGUGUUUGACUCCAGCAGCGGCGACCAGCUGUGCCGCGAGUGCGGCCUGAUCGUCGAGGAGAAGGUUUUGAGUGAAGAACAAGAGUGGCGAAAUUUUUCCGCUGAAGCCGCCAGCAGCAGCCGAGGCGGCGCAGAUCGGAACCGCGUGGGCGACGCGCUCGACGCCUGGCUCGAAGACGGAGGCAUUGGAACGACGAUGCUCGUCGCCUCGAGUGGAGGGCCUCUCGCGGGGAAGGCCGCGUGGAGCGCCAAGAGACUUCAGCAGCUUCAUGAGGCGGCCACGUCGGGUCUCGGCACCGGCGUCGGCAGCGGCGACCGGCAGCUGAAGGUGGCGUUCAACUACAUCCGGCUCAUUGGAGAGGCGUUUGCUCUCAGAGACAAUGUGCUCGAAAGGGCGAAAGAAAUCACCAAGGAUCUGAUGCAAGAUGGCGCCCAGCUCCGCACUCGCAGCAACGCCACGACCAUGCUUGCAAUCAUCUAUUUAGCUUGUCGAGAAGCGGGGGUUACGCGAACAGUCAAGGAACUGGUCGUGUAUGACCGGGCCAUCUCGGAGAAGGAACUGGGAAAGGCCAUCAACCGAAUCAAGAAGCUGUUGCCGCAGCGAGGUGGAGUCAGCAGUGCGGAGUCCGCGACGCAGUUGCUGCCGCGCUACUGCUCACGGCUUCAACUCAGCAUGCAUGUGGCUGACGUGGCGGAACAUGUGGCGAAGAGGGCGACGCAGGUCAUCAUUUCUUCUCACAGACCUAACUCCGUUGCCGCAGCUGCGAUAUGGCUCGUGGUGAAACUUUUGAAUGCAAGCACCAAUCCGAAUUUGCCAAAGGCGUCGGAGAUCGCGAAUGUCACCGGAGCUGGCGAGCACACGCUGCGGUCGAUCUAUAAAGACAUGCUCGACGUCGCUGAGCACCUGCUGCCCCGGGAGUUCCAACCGACAGUCGAAGGCGGCCUUGAGGGUCUGCGAGCGAAAUACUCAUCGCGAAAAAGAAAGGCCGGGGACAUUCCAGUCUAG